AUGCACAAGAUCAUAGCAAAAACCUUAUCUACUGGACUGAAGAAGGUCAUUGGUGCUUGUAUUGGUGACAUUCAAUCAGAGUGUGUGGAAUAUAAAAGCAUCCUCGAUGGGCCCAUAAUAAUCAACGAAAUGUGUUCAUGGGAUAAGAAGGCAAAAGGGAAGAUGCUACUCUUCAAAGUAGAUUUUAAUAAAGCUUUUGGCACGGUUAAAUGGAAAUUUCUUGAUCACAUUCAAAUGCAAAUGGGAUCCAGUGAGCGAUGGAGAGGAUGGAUACAAGGCUAUCUAAAAUCGUCAAGAGAAUUAAUACUCGUGAACAGUUCCUCAAAAGGCGAAUUUGGAAUUGGUUGGGGAAUAAGGCAAGGCGAUCCUUUAUCGUUGUUUUUGUUCAUAACAGCAAUGGAGGGUCUAAAUAUCGCCAUGAAAAGGGCAUGCGAGAAAGGAAUUUUUAAAGAUUCACAGGGAUUAACAACUCUCGCUGCACCACUUGGAUGUGAACCAUCAAAACUCCCAUUCACAUACUUGGGUGUCUAA